ACAGAAAAUAAAAACUUUUUAACAUCUGCAACAAGAUUUAGGUGAGUGUUUGUCUACAUGCCCCGGGAGGAGAGAGAGAGAGAGAAGAGGGAAUCUGAAGUGUAUAUUGAUCUAGGGUUUCUCAUCAAGACAGACCAAAUCUUCAUGCUUUGAACGAAGCACAAGUGAUCUUGUCUUUUAUCUGUUUCAUCUCAGACCAAAGUAUUGAUCUAUCAUCCACUUCUUCCAAAACCUAUAUCUAAAGUCCAGAGGCUUCCCUAUUUCUGGCCCUUUUUAUAUUUCUUCUAUUUUUUUUUCUGUGAGUCACUAAAAAAAGAUGAAAAUGAUCCCAAGUAUGGAGGGAAGCGAGGAGACUGACAGGGAGGAAGAGGAGGAGGAAGAAGAAGACGGUGAAGGAGAAGAGAGUAAGGCUUCAAGCAAUACUACAGUAGAAGCUGCGGUUGAUAAGAAGACGAAGGUGAGGCCUUAUGUAAGAUCUAAAGUCCCACGACUUCGGUGGACUCCUGAUCUUCAUCUCCGCUUUGUCCGUGCCGUCGAGAGACUUGGAGGUCAAGAAAGAGCAACUCCAAAAUUGGUCCGACAGAUGAUGAAUAUCAAAGGGCUCAGUAUUGCUCAUGUCAAGAGCCAUCUACAGAUGUACAGAAGCAAGAAGAUGGAUGAUCAAGGUCAAGCCAUAGCUGAUCACAGACAUUUCAUCGAGACUUCCGCAGACCGGAAUAUUUAUAAACUAAGUCAGCUACCGAUGUUCCGAGGCUAUAAUAUUAAUCAUAACCAUGAUUCUCCAUUCAGAUAUGGAAGUAAAUUUUCAAAUGCUUCAUUGUGGAACUCAAGCUCCCACGAGACAAACCGGAGUUUGAUAGAUAGGCCCGGUUUACUUCACAGCUCGUCGGUUAGCAAUAACAUCCAUGGUAGUGAAUAUUGGACAAACAACAGGUCUUUCCAAAACAACUACUCUUCUUCAGUUUCUAAUCACUUACCAAAACUAAGAUACAACCAACAAGAACGGACCAACAUAGCCACAUUCAACAGUAUUCAAGGACAGUCAAGAACGUUUGAAAAGUUCAAGAUCGGUAUUGAAGAGAGCACCAAUCAUAAUGCUUAUUGUAACAAGACAACGGGGAAAAGAAACGCAAGUACCAGCCUCGAUCUUGAUCUCUCUCUAAAGCUAAGAGUACCCGAGAACACAACUUUGGAAGAGACAGAAACAGCAGCAACAACAACGGAUCAAACGUUGUCCUUGUCGUUAUGUUCAUGGAAAAAGAGCCGAGUGAUCAAGACGGAUGAAGAGGAUCGGACGGUUAAGAUUGGACAGGCAAGUACUCUGGAUCUGACUCUAUGAAUUAUAGGUAAGAAUGGGACAAAUUCUAAGUGAGAUCCUGUGGUACUUAUUCAAUAAUAUCUUAAUAUCAGCGCCUUUGUUGUUAAUUAUUUGUGUACUUUAUAUAAUAUUAUUAGAAAGGAAACAAAAAGGUCUGAAUAUAUAAACGUUUUGAGUUUGUUUGAUACCGCCAAUUUGU